GCAACCCAACCCAUAUAUUCUCGUAACAGAGCCCCCAAAUUGGGACAUGGCGAGACCUUUGACCGGCUCAAGGCAAUUGGGACCCUCCUCCACCGCGACCACCACCACAACCCUAACCCUAGAAAACCCAUCUCCGUCGUCUUCACAACAACCACCACCUCAACAAACCCUAGUUCUGGAACUCAGGCGCAAGAAGAAGAAGGUCACGUGGAAGGAAGGGACCGUCGACAACGAGUUCCUCCAGAAGAAGAGCUCCAAGAAAUGCUGCAUCUUCCACAAAGAAAAGCCCUUUGACGAGGACGACAGCGACGACGACGAUCCGUCCAAGAAGGAUCACGAUCACAAUCACAAUCAUGGUGAUGGUUGCUGUUCGAGGAAUGAUGAAGGGGCCAGCACGAGUCAUUCUUGAUUUAUUGGCUUCAUUCUUUGUAAGUGUAAAAUCUCUGGAAUUGCUAGAAUUGGGUUUUUCGAAGCUUGAUUUUUCUGGGUUUUGUGUAUAUAGUUAGAAUUGUUAUUGCCUUUCAGAUAUAAGAAAUGAAUUGAAUUUUAAUGUUCAAUCGAGAGGAUACGUUUUGUGUUUGAA